CUGAUUCUACAGUUUGGACCUUUCUGGAUCUAAAACAGUAAAACCUCAUAUCUUCCUCGACACCUUCAUCGAGAACGGCGCGCGCCAAACAGAUUUCCAUCAAAAAGAUCUUUGUCCUCUUUGUCGUCUUUUCUUCCAUCACGUUCUUUCUCUCUCUUUUCAGGAUCGCAUCACAUGUUAUAGUUGUUGAGAUAGUAUGACAGAGCGUUUCAGUAGUCUUAAUGGGAGCUCAAGCUCGAGUUGGAACAGCAGUUCUCAUGACACGGAUGAUGAUUACAUGAUUGCUAAAAUGCUAGCUGAAGAAGAAAGUUCAAAAAAUGAUGGAAAGCUUGGAAAGAUGCUCUCUCAUUUAGACUCGAUACCACAUACUCCCCGGGUUAUUAGUCAAAUACCUGAUGUUAAUGACGCCAGUUUAGAUCAUGAACGACUUGCGGCAAGGUUGGACACUUAUGGUUUAGCUGAACUGAGAAUGGAAGGGGAUGGAAAUUGUCAGUUCCGAGCCCUUUCAGAUCAGUUAUUCCGAAAUCCAGAUUUUCAUAAACAUGUAAGGAAGGAAGUUAUCAAGCAGCUAAAGGAACACAAAAAGUUGUAUGAAGGCUAUGUACCCAUGAAGUACAAAGGCUACCUCAAGAAGAUGAAAAAAUCAGGGGAAUGGGGUGAUCAUGUAACACUACAAGCGGCUGCUGACCGAUUUGAAGCAAAAAUUUGUUUAGUAACUUCUUUUCGCGAUACUUGUUACAUAGACAUUCCUCCAAAGAACAUCCAACCUUCACGAGAACUGUGGCUGAGUUUUUGGAGUGAAAUACAUUACAAUUCAUUGUACACAAGAGGAGAUCUUCCUGUUAGAGUACCAAAGAAGAAGCACUGGCUCUUUUAGAAAGUCAAUGUGGCGACUGAAAUUUGUGUAAAAAUGUUAUAUCAUUGUUUUGGUUUUUCCUUAAAUCAAAUCAUACACAUUUAAUUUGAUAAUGUACCAUAAUAAAGUAUAUGUGCUCUCCUAUAUGUUUAUAAAAAUAUACUGAUAAGAUUUUGUAGAUUGUGCUGUUGUCACCUUAUUGUAUAUAUGUGCAUCAUCUA